AUGACUUGGCCUGUGUUUAAGUUCGUCAAGCGGAGUGAGUCUAUCUACGACGUAAUAUAUUUGAAUCGAACAUUUUCCAAACUCUUUGGUGUUGCGGUCUAUUCCGAUGUUGGGAAGACGGAGGAUUGCCGGAUCGCUAUGUCUCGGUGGAAUCGCUUAGCUAUCCUGACUUUGCUGCUCUUGGAAGGCUAUGUAUUUUUCGUUUCUCAUGUCAUACUAGAGAGGAGCACAUCCGCGGUCGGUCAGUCCGUUAGAUACAACGGAACAAAGUAUGUUUUCAUCAUGGGGAGUUUUUACAUGUCAUUUGAAGCGAUCACAAACUACUGGCAUUGUCAGAAACUGUGUCGCAUACUUCACGAAAUGAACAAGUUUGACAAGCGGACCAAGGAGAUGAAUGCCCCGAUUUGCCAUACGACCCAAAAACGGAGAAUACUCUUGGCGACUGCUAUCAUUUUUUUAUUUUGGUCGAUCUUCACAGUUUCCGCCAUCUUCAUCCUCUCGGGAGCCUAUGAAUCCUGGCACAUCCAGCUUUUGAUUUUGUUUUCCCUAAUCUUCUUCAACGGGCCCCUCACAAUCAUGAAGCUGAACCUGUUCAUAGUGAGCUAUCUGUUUUACUGUCGAUUGAGCCACUUGAACGAUUUUUUUUCCGUGCACUUUGUUCCUGGAAAAAAGUCAACCACGCCGUUUCUAGAGGAGCUCCCGGGGCCACGCGGUCAGGAUUGUAAGGUGACCACACUUCAAAACUUGAUGAUCCUGAGGAGUGAUAUCAAUCGAGUGGCUGGAAUGAUUAGCGGAACUUUCAGCAAACAGAUUAUUUUCAUCGCCGUCGUCACAACAGCAUUGGUCACUCUGAGUUUGUUCACCCUGUACAGAUCGAUUGUCGCCCAGGAGGAUCGGAUCAAACUCAGAGCGAUUGUACACUUGCAGUGCAGUAUGUAUUGUGUCCUAAUGGCGAUCGCAUUGAUCGCGAUGUUCGAUGGCAUCAAGUGUCAGGCAAAAAAGACUGCGGUUCUAGUGCACAAAGCGAUUCGAGAAACGGAAAAUAAGGAAAUUCAAUCACAGCUAAUGCAAUUCUCGAUGAUGUUAAACCACAGGACUGUGGUUAUUUCGUGCGGCUGGUUUGUUUGUGAUUGGACCAUGGGAAUGAGGAUAAUUCAAAACAUUACAUCUUAUCUCGUCAUUCUAAUUCAAUUCGAUUCAUCUCUGAUAACUAAAAUCGAGGACUAGUCAGGAUGGCGGUGAAUAAUUCACCAUUGGAAUCCAUAAUUAUGUUACCAAAUAUCCCACAAAAUUUACCUAACGUAUGGAGCAAACAUGUGAAUUUACCUUGUAAGUGCAAUGUAGUGGUGAUUGGUGGCACUUGAGUGGGUGGGAGAGUGUGGUAGAGAUACUGAGAGAUAGAGAAAAUGUCGCGCAAUCUCGUUUCAUUAUGUUAAUUUGCGUUUGCAUCUUGUCGUUGCUAGAAAACACAUCUGUUUGUGUUGUUUACUAGUGGAAACAUGUUCCGACAAACAACCUGGUCCGCAAGCAUAGGUAUGUGCAGAUAAAAGGGUGGUUCACCAUCCAUCCCCACGAAACUCAUACGAAACUACCAACGAGUGGAGUAAAUCAAAUGACUGUCUUGGCAUGUUUUCAUCUUCUCCAAUUUGUGCGCAUCAGAAGCCGGGAUUCCACUGUGGCAAUAUGUGGCCUGCAGCAUUUACUCAAGUAGCACGAUGCGACCACCCAACCCUUCUACAGAAAUGAGAUGUCAAAAAGCGUCGUCAGCUAUCUGACAGCCAACGGAUCGGUGCGCUUUGACUUUCAGUGUUGCCUCAGUGGAAUCCCACCUUGGUAGAAGUAUGGUGACAAAGUGGGGCUGGGGACGAUGGCAAAUACCAUUCGUUCGAGUUUAAAUUGCAUCCGGAAAUUAACGCAAUAAAAUAUGUUUGCUUUAAGUGUGCCCUCGGUAAUGCGUUCGAGGCGUGUCAUUUCCAGUUGAAUGUUCAUGAAGUAAAGCAAGCACAUUUCCUGUUUGAAACAGAAGUACUUUGCAUCAGGGAAAUCGGAACGGUGAACCCACCAGGACUGAUAUUUGAAUAUUAGUGGGAAAUAGAACACAUGUCGGGAUUUUUAAACAAGAAUUUCUAGUGAUGCAUAUGAAUAAAAGUACUAUACAAUGAUAUUGCUUUAACAACUGAAAAAUGGAAAAAAAACUCGAUAGCAUCAAUGUGUACACAGCAUUCAUAAUAACUGAUGAAUUCCGUCGAACUUGUCGGUACGUCGUUACAGAAUCAUGUGUGGUAAAAUUUCAUGUCGCUUUUUAUUUCCCGUAUUAUUUAGUUAUGACCUUAGAACUCAAUCAACGGACCAAUAAAAUGUAGACACUGUCGUAUUAUUAUCUAUUAUGGUGAAUCACGCUCUCCGAGUGGAAUAAGAAGUUGAGUUCUCAGCAGCAACGGUACAGCCUUAGGAAACUUUUUAUUUGAAUUUUCUCAGAACAAUAUCAGUGAACCAAAUUUUUGGUUGACUCAAGUGCAAUGUCGGUUGUCAAAAAAAAUUUCUAGCACCAUUGAAACCAAACAUUUUCUAUAUCUGCGGACACGCUGUUUAAAUGGGAAACAGAGUCCUUUGUGUCCGCGACUUCAAGAUAUUGUUCGGGGACUAGUUAUUUAGGGGUGGCGGGAUAAAUAAAUACACUGCUGACGAAUUUCAUACCAACUCGUCUUAGGCAGCGCCAUCUCAGACUACAGUGAAGCGUUGUGGAUGUAAAUACAUUGGUCAUUUAUGUAACUUUACAUACAUACAUCUUCAAAUCUAAAUUACUAAAUUACUUCUUUUUGAAAAUUUUAAAGUUGUUUCUUGAAUUUUUACAAAAUUUUCUAACUCAAAAGCUAUAGAACCUACAAAAUUUUGGUCAUAGAAUGGAAUAUAAAGAAUUG